CAGGGUUAGGGGGCUGACACUGAUUCCCCUGCCCCUGCCUUGACCACUCUUGUCCACAGAAGGAGAAGCAGCAGAAGCUCAUGGAAAAAUCAGAAGACUCAGAGCAGUCAGAUGCCGAGAACCCAGCCUCACUGCGGCAGUGCCUGGGACCUGGAUGUGUGCACCCCACCCGGCCAGGCUCCAAGUACUGCUCGGACGACUGUGGCAUGAAGCUGGCAGCUGACCGCAUCUAUGCGAUCCUGCCCAAGCGCAUCCAGCAGUGGCAGAAGAGCCCUUGCAUUGCUGAGGAGCAUGGCAAGAAAAUGCUCGAGCACAUCCACCGUGAACAGCAGGACACCCACACCCGCCUGAAGGACAUAGAGUGCCAUUUCCAUGAACUUGAGGCCAUCAUUCAGCGUGGCAAGCAGCAGGCUGUGUGCAAAGAUGAAAAGAGCAACAAACAUGGCAGGAACAGCGUCAACCUGCAGAUCUUCUGUGUCUCCUGCGGGCAGUCCAUCAAUACGCAGGUUGCCCUGCUCCACAUGGAGCACUGCUUCGCCAAGUAUGAGCGCAAAUUGUCCUUCAGGUCCAUGUACCCCACUUGCGUUGAGGGAGCCACAAGGCUCUUCUGUGAUGUUUACGACCCACGGAGUAAGAGGUACUGUAAGCGACUCCAGGUGUUAUGCCCUGAGCACUCGAAGGACCCCAAGGUACAGGCUGAUGAAGUGUGCGGCUGCCCACUAGUGAACAACGUCUUUGAGCCCACUGGUAAUUUCUGUUGCCUCCCCAAACACCUGUGCAAUCGCCACUACUGCUGGGAGAAGCUGAGACGUGCCGAGGUGGACCUAGAGCGCGUGCGCAUGUUGCUCAAGCUGGAAGAGCUGGUUAAGCAGGAGCACAAGGUGCGCACAGCCAUGAAGAAUCGGGCAGGGCUGCUGGCCCUUAUGCUUCAUCAGACAAUCCAGCAUGACCCGCUCACUACUGACCUACGCUCCAGAGUAGACAGCUGAGCUCUGCUCAGCUGAGGUCUUGUACUCAACACCCUGUGCAAGGGAGACACUCUACGAAUUCCUCACACACCUGUUCCUCUAACAUCUUUCUCAGGGCAUCUCAGAGUUCCUCUGUGCUUCUCUGUUCCCCAUUUAGUCUCCUGUCUCGGUCUAUGCCUCCUUGAGGUGGGGUGGUCCUCAAAAUCCCCCUCUUUCUGUCCGUUCCUGUAUCCCCCGUCUCUUUCUUUCCUGAAUCUGGGCGGGGCCAGGAGAUCUGCCCUGCCCUUAUCUCCCACCAUCCAGAGUUUUGUUUAAAAACUUUAGAACAAGAGAUUUUAAUAUUCUCUGAUGGCCCCUAAGCCGUUCUCUCUGGCCACAAACCCAAUU